AUGGCGCAGCAGGUGAUUCAGCUGGAUCGAGAAAAACUGAGCUGUUCAAUCUGUCUGGAUCUUCUGAAGGAUCCAGUGACUAUUCCAUGUGGACACAGCUACUGCAUGAGCUGUAUUGAAGACUGCUGGGAUGAGGAGAAUGGGCAGCAUGAAACAUACAGCUGCCCUCAGUGCAGGCAGAGCUUCACACCGAGGCCUGACAUGAUGAAAAGUACCAUGUUAGCAGAGUUAGUGGAGGAACAGAAGAAAGUAGGACUUCAUGCUGUUUCACCUGAUCAGUCCUUUGCAGGACCUGAAGACGUGGCCUGUGAUUUCUGCUCUGGGAUAAAGAAACUGCAGGCUGUUCUGAGUGAGGAGUGGACAAAGAUCUCACUGGCAGUGACUGAAGUGGAUGUUUCACUGCCUCAAGCAGAGCCCAGAACCAGAGCUGAAUUUAUGAGAUAUUCACAUCAAAUCACACUGGAUCCAGAUACAGCACACAGGCGUUUGUCGUUGAGUGACAGAAACAGAAAAGCAACAUUGAUGGCAAUAGACCAGAUAUAUUCAGAUCACCCAGACAGAUUUGUUAAAUGGUGGCAGAUCCUGAGUAGAGAGGGUCUGACUGGACGUUGUUACUGGGAGGUGAAGUGGAGCGGGGACGUUUCUAUUGCAAUUGCAUACAGGGACAUUGGCAGAACAGGGACCAAAGAUGAAUGUGGAUUUGGAUAUAAUGACAAAUCCUGGUCAUUAGAAUUUAACAGUUUAAGUUAUACAUUCAGACAUAACAACAUUGUUACUUCCAUCUCAGGCCCUCAGUCCUCCACAAUAGGAGUGUAUCUGGAUCACAGGGCAGGUACUCUGUCUUACUACAGCGUCUCUGAAACCAUGACUCUCCUCCACAGAGUCCAGACCACGUUCACUCAGCCUCUCUAUGCUGGAUUUUGGCUUCCAAGCAGUGCUGGAGACACUGCUGAGUUGUGUGAGCUCAAGUAGACAUGAGUUCAAAGAGUGAUUUAUCUCUGUACAGUAAAUGUUGAGGUGUGUUUGCACGUCAGACAUCAUAGUGUGUGGGACUGUGAUGUUUUUUCUUCGAUUUUAUGCUGUUUCGUUUGUGUCACAGACGUUCAAUGAAAUUUCUUUUUUAAUUUGCCAGAUGGGGAUUAAAAUGUCUUUAUUGUUGAAAUGUAAUUCUUAUAUUUACCUUAUAUAACAUUUUCAUUAUAUAGUGUGCAUGGAAAAAUAUUGUGAAUGCUGUAUAUAGUUUUGAGAAGAGUUCACUUUAGCUGUACCAUAUCCUCAUGAACACAAUUUGUAUGUUUUAAAGUUUAUUUUUUAGUGCUCUUCAUACUGCAAUCUGUACUGCAUACUGCACUGUUGUAAUGAUAUGACAUAAUUGCAAUACUUUUUUUGUAGCCAAAAAGAAAAACUGGUUUUAAUAUAAUUGCAAUCUCUUGAAAAAAUAGUUUGCUAAUCAUAUUUUUAAGAGUUAUUUAAAGUGUCUUUGAGUGAUAACAUUUUAGAAAACCUUUAUGAAAUGUCAGUGUUCAAAAUAACCCAAAUAAAUAAAUAAAUAAAAGUU